UAUUCUACGAGGAAGAGGAAGAGAUAGAGAUAAAAUGGAUGUAUGGUCAUGGAUAUCCAAUCUUUCCAACUCGGGCGAGUUACUACCCGACCCAACUCACUCUCCACUCGUUCUCCAACUUGCAACCUCCAAAAAGAACCAGGUGAUUCAGCUCCGGGCAAACCCCACAUCCGGGUCCAACUUGAACCACUUCGUUACCUUCUCCGUCUCAAUUCACGGCUUCCAUUCUUUCAAUGGAGAGAAGACCCUCUGGGUUUCCGAUACGUGUAGCCUCUCAUCAUCUCAGCCAUUCCUGCCCCUGCUCCUCCAGCUCCUCCAGGAACUCAUCUCUCUGUCGCCUACGGCUCAGGAUAGCACGUGCCGCCGCUCAGACCUCCUGACCCUCAACCCUAAGGCCGUAUCAUGGGUCAUGGACUCUCACUCGCCCGAAUCGUUCUCCGGGUUAUUCCAUCUCCUCUUCCUCACCCGCAUCUUCUGGCUCUGCGUUUUGGACGUGCCCGCAGAGGUGGGCACGUUCUAUUUUCACUCAUUGUUAGCUCCCAAUAUCGAAACUUUCACAACCAAACAAUCCUCUAUUCUCAAGGCCUUCUUCUUUUCCGUAGGAGUCGACGUCGAGCUGUGCGUAAUGCGCACAGUCGGGUACAUGUUAGCGAAAUGGUUGAUUCUCAAAGAGGUUACCGGAAUUGGAUUGCCCUCACCGUCACCGUCACCAAAUCUCGGAUUCUCGUACGCAACCGAGUCACACGGGUUGUGGAUUCUAAAGGGUUACGUUCCGGUUUUGGGUAUGGAUAUCACCCGUAAUAACGGUAAUGUCGGGGAGAACAAUUUAAUCGAAGCGAAGGAGUCUUUGCUAAAGUACGCCUUGGCACACCAACAACUUGAAGUUGUAAUUCAAAUGGAAUAUACAAUUAGAUACUACGAUGGAUAUAUUCUCGUGAAUGCAAACGUGGACAAUAUACGUGUCCAUGUGGCAAGGUUAGGGUUUCGCAGUAGUAACAGUAAGAGUGGUGGUGGUGACAAUUACUACGCGGAGGAGAGACAUUUCCCGUCGCGAAUGCGUGUAUGGGUCGGUCCGGAUAUUGGGUCUACCUACUUGUCCGUAGGUGGACUAAGCUUGGGUAAGUCCACACACAAUCAAGAGAAGGAAGUAGAGACGCAGAGGGUUAUGAAAGGAAGUUUCGGAAACUCGAAGGCACCGAGGGUGAAGGCUGCAACGAAGACGGCAACGAAGGCGAGGACGAAAGCUUGGAGGUGGGAUCAGGACGCGGAGGGAAACGUGGCAGUCUACGACGCCGUGUUGUGUGAUACGACGACAGGAAUUGAGGUGGCGGCGUGGAGUCCGGGAAGCGGCGGGGAGCGGCCGGAUGUUAUCCGGAGGCGGAGCAACGGGGGAGAUAGGAAUUUUACAAAGUCCGGUGGGUGGGUGGUGGCGGGAGGCGGCGGAGAUGAUGGCGGAGGGAGGGCGGUAGGGUGGAGGUUGAAUAAGGAGGUGGAAGGGAGUGUGAUGAGGUGGCGAAUGGGGUGCCAGGUGUGGUUGAGUUAUUGGCCGAGUGAGGUGAGGAGUGAAUAUUUUGAGACUAGGUGUGUCGAGUGGUGUGAUGAGGUGGAUUUGCCAUUACUUCCAGCCUAACAUGCAAUUAGUUAAUUAGAAAUAACAAGUUAAUAAUA